UUUAGUCGAAGUGGUGCCAGAUUGAACCAUGAAGUACAAUGACAAUGAUGCCGAGACGGUCGCAGCAGAGACUCUUGACGCGGACACUGAGCUGAAAGGAUGGGGCUACAGACACCAGCAAUGCCUCAUCCUGUUCUUCUGCCUGACUACGGGCUACAGCAUGCGCGCCUGCAUGGGCGUCUCCCUCGUCGCCAUGACAACCAGCGACACCACGCAUUCAACUCUCUACAACCAUACAAACAUCAUCUUCGACAAUGUCACUGCUGCCGAUGACGACUACAAAGUGGAUGGGUUCUUCAGUGCUUUGUUGCUGUCUAGUCCGUAUCCGAGAUUCAAAUGGAACAAGAAAACGCAAGACGCGAUCCUGGCGUCGUUCUUCUGGGGCUACAUGGUGCUGCAGGUGCCGGCCGGACAACUCGCACACCGUCUGGGGGCACGGCGGCUUCUUGCCGGCGCGCUAUUUGCUAAUGCGCUCGUCUCUUUCUGCCUGCCCUGGGCCGCUUACUAUGGUGGAUGGAUAUGGGUGGUCAUCUUCAGGGUAAUGCAGGGAUUGAGUCAAGCCUGCCUCAUGCCUGGCUUGCACACAUUCCUCGGCAAGUGGACACCGCUGAGAGAAAGGAGCCGUCUAAGUGCUUGGAAACCGAAAUCAGUUCCGUGGAAGAAAAUACUGACCCACCGUGGCAUGUAUGCUAUCAUAGUGGCGCACAUUGGGCAGGCGUGGGGACAACUCACCUUGUACGCGGAGGUGCCCGCCUUCAUGGACAAAGUCAUGGGGGUCAACAUCAAAGCGAACGGCUUGCUUUCUGCUCUUCCGUUCCUUGUCAUGUGGUUUACCAACUUCUUCUUUAGCUGGGCCGCUGACAAACUGAUCGCUAAGAAGAUACUCAGCGUAACGCACACACGGAAACUUGCUAACUCUGUGGGCAAUAUUCCAGCGGCAGUAGGUCUAGUAGUGCUCGCAUUUGUUCCCAAAGAAUUGGUGAUUGUUGAAAGUGUUUUGGUGAUACUUUGCGGUUUCAAGGUCGCGACCCACGUAGGGGUUUACGUGAACCACAUCGACAUAUCUCCCAACUUCUCGGGAACCAUGAUGAGCAUCAGCAACCUCAUGUCCAACAUGUGCGGCUCUCUGGCACCUAUCGUGGCUGGCAUGAUCCUCACUGAUGUUACCAGUGAAUACCUCUGGAGACAAGUAUUUUUCGUAGCCGCAGGAAUAUAUUUUGUGACGAACAUUGUUUACCUGGCACUGGGCACGUCGGAGCGCGCGGACUGGAACGACCCACCGCCGUCGCCAGAGGAAGAGCACACUGCAGACAUGCUAGAAGCCAGACCUAUGCUGGAGAUCGUACAGAAGUCGAGUCAAAAAGAUUUAACUAGCAAUUAG